AUGCGGACCCAUCUCCGUUGGUCGGCCUUUGAGCGGGCUCUUGUCAAGGCCGUGUCGAGGCUACGGCAGCCUCUGAUUGGUCCGCGUCCACGUCGUAUUUGCGAGCCAGUCAUUUCGGAAUGCGUUCUCUGCGCAGCGAUUUGCCGCCUGUGCUCACGUGUGUCCCAGACAAAGAGCGACCUAGCACCGACACAGAUCGCGCAUUUCAAUUCAACGUACCUCAUGGAGCCGACAGCUGACAUCCGGGAGCAAGCCAACGAAUUCUGGCGUCUCGUUGCGAAGUUGUACGCACCUCAGCAUGCGAUGAUGACCUCCAGCGCUGAUUACGCCAUCAACACGUCGUCGAGCAGCUCCACUACAUGCGAUUCUUCGGGGGGUCGGUGGACAGGCGAGCUGACCUCUGGUGGUGGUCUUCAAACCGGCAUCAACAAUGGUUUAGUGAAAUCGGAACCAAACUCUAGCGGUGCGAUGCAACAAGGUGAUGGUCUUCAAAGCGGCAUCAGCCAGGGUUUACUGAAAUCGGAACCAAACUCUAGCGGUGCGAUGCAACAAGGUGAUGGUCUUCAAACCGGCAUCAACCAUGGUUUGCUGAAAUUGGAACCAACCUCUAACGGUGCGUUGCGACUCGCUCUCUUGUCUCCCUGUUUAUUUCAAUGA